CGUCCAAUGCGUUACAUGCAUUUGUGCCAUUAUAAAAUCAACUUCCUAUAGAGAAAACGAAAGCAGAAAUUAACAAAAUUAUUAUUUUUUUUUUUUCAUAGACUGAGCAAAAUGCCCGUAGCAGACUUUUACAUAGAUAAAAACGUAUUCAUUACUGGGGGCAGUGGAUUUCUAGGAAAACUGAUAAUAGAAAAGCUUUUAAGAUCUUGCCCAGGUAUCGGAAAAAUAUAUGUACUGUUAAGACCAAAAAGAGGUAACCCGAUUGAAGACCGACUUGAAAAAAUUAUCGAAUCACCGAUAUUUAAUCCAUUGCGUCACCAAAAUCCAGAUGCGCUGAAGAAACUGAUCCCCAUUAAAGGCGAUGUUUCGGAAUUAAAUUUAGGUUUAAACAAAGAAGAUCGCGAAUUACUAGUUAACACUGUAAAUAUAAUAUACCAUUCAGCAGCAUCAGUCCGUUUUGAUGACUUCUUAAAAGACGCCCUCAUUUUAAACGUUCGAGGAACGAGAGAAGUGGCAAAAUUAGCUCUGGAUUUAAAGAAUAUUGCAAUAUUUGUGCACAUAUCAACUGCUUACUCCAAUUGUGAUAAAUUUGUAGUAGAAGAAAAACUUUAUCCAGCCCUUGCGAACUGGAGGGAUGCUAUUACGUUAGCUGAAAAAUGCGAUCCAGAGACAUUAGAGGUUUUUUCUCAAAAAUAUAUUUCUUCAUUACCCAAUACAUACACAUUUGCAAAAUCUUUAGGAGAACAUGUUGUCAAUGAAUUAUGUCAUGGAAAGAUACCCGUUGUAAUAACAAGACCCUCUGUAGUAAUUCACACACUAUCCGAUCCAAUUGAAGGAUUUACUGAUAAUUUUAAUGGACCAAAUGGAUUAAUUACCGCUGCAGGAACAGGACUUGUAAGGAUAAUUUAUGGACGUAAAGAUAAUAUAGUAGAUUAUAUACCAGCUGACUACGUAAUAAAAGGAAUCAUAUUGGCAAGCGAAUCAGAGGGAAGAAAAAAGACUUCUGAUUCUAUAGAAAUUUAUAAUAUCUCCUAUAACCAUAUAUCCAAUAUUACCCUGGAUGAAAUGAUAAAAACUGGAAAUAGAAUAAUCCAUGAAUUCCCAUAUUCGCAGAUGUUACGCUAUCCGAAAGCUUCUUUAACAGAAAAUUUUUAUAGAUUUUACAUUGAAGUACUAGUAUCCCAUAUGUUACCAUCACUAUUUGUUGAUUUAAUUUUAAGGCUCAUUGGGCAGAAACCAAGGUUAAUUCGUUUGCAAAGAAAAAUUUAUAUAGCAGCCACUGUACUGAUUCCUUUCGUGACUAACACGUAUUUUCUUUUAAACGAUAAAUUUAUAAAUAUGCAAAAAAAUUUAAAAGAAGAGGAUAAUGCAUUUUUAUUUAACUACCUACCUUGGACUGAGGAAGAAAUGUACAAAUACAUCACCGUGGGGAAAACUGGCAUGGAAUUAUAUCUGUUAAAAGUCAAAACUGGUGUUAUUGGAGCAAAAGCUAAAAGACUACUAAUGAAGUAUUGGCUGCCAGAAAUGAUAUUUAAAAUGAUAGUCUACUUUUUAUUUUUAUGGAUUAUUAUGUACAAAUUAAAUUUUUUUAAUUUAGCCACUGAUAAAGUUAUUUGUUAUUUAAAAAAAUUUGGUACAGAAGAAAUAUAAAAUGUAAUAUAAAAAAUAAAAAUAUGCAAAGAUCGACCAUUAA